AGGGAGGCGCAGGGUGGGUGGCUGGGCUGGGGCUGGCGCUGAGGGGGCGGCCUCUCCUGGGGAGCGCAGGACAGUCCGCCGCCCUACAGUAGGGCAGCGGCGGCGGCAGCAAGGCGAUCGAGAUAGCGGAGAGCCGAGACGGAGACCCGGGAGCCACCCAGAAGUCGAGCGGAGCAGAUCCGAAAAUCGCCCCGCUCCAUGGCCUCUCCACCGCCGCUGCUGGUUGCCGUCGCCGCCGCUGCCGCCUUGGCCCUGUCGCUGUCGGCCGCCUCGCCUGGCCUCGAGGGAGCCAACGGUAGUGCAGCCACGACGGUGGUGACGGUGGGCCUGGUGCUACCUGAGCACAACCCCAGCUACCCUUGGGCCUUGCCGCGAGUGGGUCCCGCCGUAGACCUGGCCCUCGAAGCGCUGGAGCCGGCGCUGCGAGCCGCAGGGCUGUCCACGCGCACCGUGUUCGCCACGUCGGAGCUGAACGGCGCCUGCUCGGAGUCGGUGGCGCCGCUCAAAGCCGUGGACCUGAAGCUCUACAACGACCCGGACGUGCUGCUGGGCCCCGGCUGCGUCUACCCGGCCGCCUCGGUGGGGCGCUUCGCCUCGCACUGGCGCCUGCCGCUGCUCACGGCCGGCGCCGUCGCCUCGGACUUCAGUCACAAGGAGGAGCACUUCAGCACGCUGGUCCGCACCGGUCCCACCGCGCCCAAGCUCGGCGCCUUCGUGGCCCACCUGCACGAGCGCUUCAACUGGAGCUCCCGCGCCGCCCUUCUCUACGUGGAUCGCAAGACCGACGACCGGCCCUUCUACUUCACCAUCGAGGGCGUCUACGAGGAGCUCCGCCACGCCGGCCUCACCGUGGGCUACCACAUCUACGCGCCCCGCGACAACGGCAGCACGGGCGGCGGCGACGACGACGGAGGCGGCCCGGACACGGCCGUCCAGUUCAUCAAGGCCAACGGGCGAGUCAUCUACAUCUGUGGCCCGCUGGAGAUGUUGCACCAAGUCAUGCGCCUGGCCCAUUACGAGAGCAUGACCAGUGGCGACUAUGUCUUCUUCUACGUGGACGUCUUUGGAGAAAGCCUGCGGGCUGAGGGGAACCGGGAGGUUGGCAAGCCCUGGCAGAGCAAGGAGGGCCAGGAUCCAGGAGGCCUACGGGAGGCCUUCCGGACAGUGCUGGUGAUCACCUAUCAUGAGCCGCAAAACCCGGAGUACCAGAUUUUCCAGAGCCAGUUGAUCCUGAGAGCCCGGAGGGAGUUCAACGUGGAGCUCAAUGACUCACUGAAAAACCUUGUGGCCGGCUGCUUCCAUGAUGGGCUGCUGCUCUAUGCCAUGGCUCUGAACGAGACGCUCCAAGAAGGGGGAAGCAAGCGCAACACGAGCCGCAUCCUGGAGAAGAUGAAGGGGCGGACCUUCCAGGGUGUCACUGGGACUGUGAGCAUGGAUGAUAACAAUGACCGCAACCCAGAUUUCAACCUGUGGGCCAUGGCUGACGUGGCGAGUGGCAAGUACCAGGUGGUGGGACACUAUGUGGGCUCAGAGAAGGAGAUGGACUGGCUGGGGCCCAUCCACUGGCUGAAGGGGGCGCCGCCGCUGGACAGCCCACCCUGUUUUGACGUGGACGACCCCUCCUGUGACAAAAGUCCACUCAACACGCUGGCCAUUGUGGCCCUGGGUGCUGGCCUGACCUUCCUCAUGUUUGGCAUUUCCAGCUUCCUGAUCUUCAGGAAGCUGAUGUUGGAGAAGGAGCUGGCCAGCAUGCUGUGGCGGAUCCGCUGGGAGGAGCUUCAGUUUGGGAGCUCCGAGCGCUACUACAAGGGGGCAGGCAGCCGCCUCACCCUCUCCCUGCGUGGGUCCAGUUAUGGCUCUCUGAUGACGGCACACGGCAAAUACCAGAUUUUUGCCAACACUGGACUCUUCAAGGGAAACGUGGUGGCCGUCAAGCACGUCAACAAGAAGCGGAUUGAGCUGACGAGGCAGGUCCUCUUCGAACUGAAACACAUGCGGGACAUCCAGUUCAACCACUUAACACGGUUCAUUGGGGCCUGCAUUGACCCACCCAACAUCUGCAUCGUGACCGAGUAUUGCCCCCGUGGCAGCUUACAGGACAUCCUGGAGAAUGAGAGCAUCAACUUGGAUUGGAUGUUCCGCUAUUCGCUCAUCAAUGACAUUGUCAAGGGCAUGGCUUUCCUGCACAACAGCAUCAUCGCCUAUCACGGCAGCCUCAAGUCCUCCAACUGCGUGGUCGACAGCCGCUUCGUCCUCAAGAUCACGGAUUACGGCCUGGCCAGCUUCCGGCAAAGCAGCGAGAGUGAGGGCAACCACGCCCUAUAUGCUAAGAAGCUGUGGACGGCCCCGGAGGUGCUGCAGAAGGGCCACCUGACUCUCUCCCCACUGGCCAUGCAGAAGGCAGACGCUUACAGCUUCGGCAUCAUUCUCCAGGAGAUUGCGCUGCGCAAUGGGGCCUUCUAUAUUGAGGGCAUGGACCUCAGUCCCAAAGAGAUUGUGCAGAAGGUACGCAACAGCCAGAGGCCAUAUUUCCGACCCACUAUCGACACGCGGCUGCACAGCGAGGAGUUGGCCAUCCUGAUGGAGCGCUGCUGGGCCCAGGAGCAGGUGGAACGCCCAGACUUCACACAGAUCAAGAUCUUCAUCCGACGGUUCAACAAGGAAGGCAGCACCAGCAUCCUGGACAACUUGCUCUCGCGCAUGGAGCAGUAUGCCAACAACCUGGAGAAGCUGGUGGAGGAGCGCACCCAGGCCUACCUGGAGGAGAAGCGCAAGGCUGAGAACCUGCUCUACCAGAUCCUUCCCCACUCAGUGGCCGAGCAGCUGAAGCGUGGCGAGACAGUGCAGGCCGAAGCCUUUGACUGCGUCACCAUCUACUUCAGCGACAUCGUGGGCUUCACCUCCUUGUCAGCUGAGAGCACCCCUAUGCAGGUGGUGACCCUGCUCAAUGACCUCUACACCUGCUUUGAUGCUAUCAUUGACAACUUUGAUGUCUACAAGGUGGAGACGAUUGGCGAUGCCUACAUGGUGGUGUCAGGUUUGCCAGUACGGAACGGCAAGCUGCAUGCCCACGAGAUUGUCCGCAUGGCCCUCGCCCUCCUUGAGGCAGUGAAAACAUUCCGCAUCCGGCACCGGCCCACCGAGCAGCUGCGCCUGCGCAUUGGCAUCCACUCUGGGCCAGUGUGUGCAGGCGUCGUGGGCCUCAAGAUGCCACGCUACUGCCUCUUUGGGGACACGGUCAACACUGCGUCGCGCAUGGAGUCCAGUGGAGAGGCCUUGAAGAUCCAUGUGUCCACCACCACCAAGGAAAUCCUGGAUGAGUUUGGCUGCUUUGAGCUAGAUCUGAGGGGAGAUGUGGAGAUGAAGGGGAAGGGGAAGCUCCGGACCUACUGGCUGCUGGGCGAGAAGAACGACGUUGUCAUCUGAUGUGGCUCCUCCCCCUCCUGUGACUCCUCCCACUGUGGCAACAGGGCAGCCGUUCCUCCCACCUCCAAGAACCUCACUGUGCCAUCGAGCAAUGAGAGACAGAGAUUGGGGGGGGGGGGAGAGACAGAGGAAGAACCACUUGGAGCAAUAAUGUAGCCCAGUAACGAGAGAAAGAGGUGUGUGUGUGUGUUGGGGGGGGAUUGGACCGGCAGAGGCAGUAGGAUGCCCUCUCAGGAGAGGCCCUCGCAUGGCCUGUGCUGCGGUGUGCUGAAGCGCAGGGCUGCGUCUUGCUGUGCUGGGUCCCCAGUGCGCCCCUCCUGCCCUGACACGGAAGCAGCCCCCGCUCAGGUUGCAAGGGCUGCGCCAGUGCGGGGCCUUCAGGAGCUGCGCGAGAGCAAGGCUGUUCCCAGGCUGUGCGCCCCCCCCCACCUGGCAUCCUGCUCCGCUGCUCAGCCGGCUGAGCCAACCUUCCUAAUCAGCAAUGCAGCUGCUCCCUCCGGGUGUAAAUAGGGACAUACAGUGCAAACUAUUUUGUUGAAAUACAGACUUUUUAACCUGGGA